UCGCCAGCGCUGCAAACAAGACUUGCUGCACUAUCGAAACUGAUCUAGAAUGUAGUCUUUCAAUACUAUUUUUAACAACAAGAUGCGAUUCUCAUAAGAUGUGACUAAACCUACAGCUGUACCAUGUUUCGUUCAUCGCGAGUGCUUCAAAUCACUGCAUUACUUGCGUUGUCUAUCGGUGCUGGGACUUUGCUUUUUCUCACAGCGCGAUAUUUGAAACGAAAACGCCGGGAACCAUCAACUGGAAAGAGUUCUUCUUACAACGACCGUUCUUUGAGAAGAAACAGAACUGCUACUACAGGUAGUUCAAGAGUUUCUGUCGGUGAUUCGUCCAGGCCUGUCAUCAAAGUUGCAAGUUUAGAUCAUGAGCUUGUGUUAAGACGCCAUGCUGCAGGUCUUAAAUCUCAACAUGGCAACAUGGAUGACACCAUUGUUGGGAAUGAUGGAAGAAUCUCUGAAGACAGUGCUGUUGACUUAGGAGAUAUAAUUACAGACGAAGAUGAAAUUGUUGAAGAACUAAUCAAGAGAGGUGUGGAAAGCUUUGAAAUGGCAUUAGAACAUUGGUAUGAAGCUGCAGAAUACGUCAUGGCCCGGAAAAGAGAAACUGUUUCUCUGGGAGAGGACUCAUUUUUCAAUUAUGAAGCAGAUGAAAAACUUAGUGCUCUGAUCAGUGGCUCCAGAAAACUGCGUAAGGUGAUUGAACAUUAUGAGCUGAUGGAGACACCCCUGCCACGUACACCAAGUAACAUGCUGACAUGGAUUGAUGAUGAGAGUUUGCAAGAGCAGUUACAGCUGGAAAUGAGUAGAGACCAGGACUAUGAGAACUCUUCUGAUACAGAAUCUUUUGUCUCUGCAUCUGAUAAUGCACAAUUGGAGUAUGAUGAUAUAACAGAAGAGAGACUUGUCAGUGAAUCCCAGCGACUAAAGGUGUUCAGAGAAGCUGUGCUCCGUACUGCUGGCAGUCACAGUCACCUGGAGUUUUAUGUGUCUGGCCUGCAGCAUUACAUUCGUCAUGGAAUUCUUUGCCGAAAGAUGAGGACGACUGAGGUGGGGUGUGAAAGUGACAUGGAAUUCCUUGCCAAAGUUCAUUGUGUGCGGCAGGCAUCAGAGAUGGUGUUUUCAUUAUCUGACACCCGUCAGUGGUUUAUUGACAGUGGAAGGCAAGCUGUGUCUGCUGUCAUUGAAAGUGCAGGCAAGGACCCAUCAGAUUUCCAAGCGGCAUUUGAUGAACUUGUAGACUACACAUCAUCAGCAGAGAACUGGAGGCAAAUCAAAGAUGAACUCACUGAAAGAGGGGUGAUCGACCUGUCUUUCUAUGAUGUAUUGCUGGACUUUGUGUUGUUAGAUGCAUUUGAUGACUUAGCCACCCCACCCUACUCAGUAGCCACUGCUGUUCAAAACAGGUGGCUGUCAGCACGCAUCAAGGAGACUGCUCUCACCACAGCUAUCUGGGGAGUCCUAAAGGCCAAGUCCUCUUAUCUUCAGGACCCGUACGGUUUCAUGGCACAUUUCUAUGUAGUGGCACAGUACGUGUCGCCAGUUCUUGCUUGGGGCUUCUUAGGAUCAGAUGAAAAUUUGAAAGAAGUCUGUGAAUAUUUCAAGAGUCACAUCCUGGGUUUCAUCAGAGACAUCUUUGACUUCAACACCUCAGAUUAUUCAUCGGUUGAAAGCUUGUGUGACUCGAUUGUCAGAUUAGCAAAAGGAAGGAGCGAACAGCUGUUAAGAAGCCAUGGUUAUGAAGCAGACAUCGUGCAAACUGCAUCUUCCUUUGAUGAGACGCUGAAUUUUACGAGCCAAGAACUGCAGCAAGUUGGACAGUCGUAAAGAGGGACACCGUGAAUUAUUCUUCUUCAAUUUUUAUUGUAUAUAAAACCAGUGGACAUCAGGCCAUUAUUUACCGUUAUCAUGUAUAUAUUUGUAAUUACCAGUAGAGCCGGAAUGCGCUAGCUUUAAGCACUUGUGACAGAAUCACAGUUAAAUGUUACUUCAACACAGCGAGAUAAUUUAUAUUUAGUGUUACAGAGUUCACGGGUUGUUUAAUGAUUAUCAAAUCCUCAGUUAUAUUUUUUGGUCGUCUUUUGGCUGUUUUGCGAGGCAAAAGCCAAGUUAGUGAUAAAUUUAAAAACGUAAACGAGCAUUUUUUAUUUUAGGGAAUUAAAAGUGCGUUUAGAUGUAACUGUUCCCCUACUCUUUGUUUUAGUUCAAUGCUCUUCAACGAAGUUUUGAAACAUAAAAGUGACUUUGUGCCUUUAAGCGUAUUUUGACUACACUUUGUGGGAUUUCCACCACACUUGUUCUGUAUUAAAGAAGUCCAGAAAACUUAA